AUGUCGCACUCCAACAGAAGAUAUAUGGAUAUCCGUCGCACAAACUUCCCAGAAGAAGUCAAAAAUCUCAUCGAUGAGGAUGAGCUAAAGCAGGCAGUUUUAGAUGAAGUCGAAAGAAAUGCUCCAAAAGUCGCAGGAAAAGAGCUUCACGAUAAUGCAAGCGUUAGCGAAAUGGAAGAUUAUUCCGGAAUUAUUUUAACAGAAGAAGAAAAAGAAGAAUAUUUACUCGUUUUAGAAUUCUUAGAUUCAAUUGGUCUUAAAUAUGCGCCAGCAGUACUUAGAUACGAGUCUCAACAUCCAGAAAUAGAGGCCAAUCGUAAGGAAUUAGCUGAUCGUCUCGAUCUUAAUGCUCGUAGCCAAGAUCCACUUCUUGUUCAACUAUUCCAGGAGCGCUUGAACGAAUUAAAGAAAUAA